CGUUAAUGUCUAAUUUGGAUGCAAAUGAGCAAUAAUCAUUAAGAGAACAGAUAUUCAAAAUUAAAGAUAAAUUGUUAUCUUUAUCUCAAAACUUAAACAACUACCAUGCAGACAACUCGGAAUCCAAUAGUACAGCACAUUUUAAAACUCAGGAAGAUGAGCAAUCUCCGCAAUAGAUGCAUCAUUAAAAUGAAGAAAAGUGUAUCAUAACAUGAUAAUUAGCAUUUUCACAAUUGAAUUUUAUUGAUAAAACUAAAUUAGUACCACAAAACUAAUGUCAUCAAUUCAAAAAACUAAAACCUCUUUUUAAGGUUCCAGAUAAGACCUUAGCAAUCGACAAGAGUUCAUUCAAAAGGUAACUUACAAAUAUCAUAAAUUAGAGUUAAUUCAUCUGGAAGGCCUCCCCAAAUCCUAAGAUAAAGUUCGAAAAGGGAAGCAAGCAUUUCCAAUAUAUCACCAUAGUAAAUAAACUUUUCUUAACGAAUUUCACUAUCCCCUACAAAAAGACUCUGAUUUAUUAUUACUUUAUAUUAGGC